UCCUUGUCGAUUAACAUCGUUGAUUUUGUCCACAGCAGUUUAGUUACAAUCUGGACAAUUAUAUUUUUAAAACUGCUAGUAGACAUAAAUAAAUUGUUUGUUUUGCAUAAAAUCACAUGCAAAAUGUAUUAAAGAUACAAGAAAUCGUCGAGAAAUAUAAUUUGUGUAGAAGUUUACUCGGUAAGACGCGUUGUGGAGUCGUGAAAAAAAGUGUGUGGCUGUUGGCUGGGCUGCGUUUUGUUCGUGUCGGUGUUGGUGUCGUUUGCCGUUUCUGACGGCGGCGUGUACUUUAUGUUUAUUGCGACAAAAAUGCGCUUUUCAGCAUUGCCAAAAAGUCUGAAGAGAGAUACUAUAAUCAAACAUUUUCCAGUAAAUUUCCGUUUAUUUAGAGGGUUUCGACUUGCAUAAGAACUUUCAGGUCCAAAUAGAAUAAGACCCAUGGACGCGGAAUGAGCAGGGAUAGCAAGGCACACUGUGCGGGAAAUAAAAGCAGAAAUUGCGAGUUACGUAAUGCAGUUGCAAUAAGUAAUAAAUACACGUAUUAUACAUAUACUGGAUACUGGAAACUAUAAAUGAGAAGAUUACAUUGAAUUAGACUUAAAAUAUGAAUCCCUCCGAGUUGCGUAUGAUGUGGAUGAGUCAUUAUAAUCCCGAGCGCAUCACAGUGGAAGACGCUCCGUCAUAUUUUGGGCAUCCAUCGGUGGGCCUUUCUGUUAUGGAUGAAUUGGCCUCACAUCAGCAAACAAUGGAUUUGAAUCCGAUGAUGAGCUUGUUGGGGGGGGAUUUUAGUGGUCAGGCGGCAGCAGCAGCAGCAGCGGCGGCUGCAUUAGGCGUGCAGCCGACAGCUCUAAUUGCGGCCAACUCCAAUGACAUUUACGGGCUAGCACAGGUCGGUGGUUUGCAUCAGCAAUUGCUUCAACAAUCUGCAGCAGCCGUUUUCCAAAAUUACACUGAAGUUAUUGAUGAUGACGAUGGUCCCGGCGGAGUGGUAAUAGGUGGUAGCAGCGGUGGCUGUGGCAAUGUCAGAGUUGUAGAUAAGUCUUUGGCUACACAAUUUGUGCAUAGCGACGAGCCACAACCUAUUUACGAUCAAUUGGAAGACGGCGGCGGCUUCGGCCAUGGUCUGGCACCAAAACAGGAAAUUAUAAAUAUUGACGAUUUCGUCAUGAUGACCGACUCCAAUUCGUACGAUGGCACAGAUUUCAUGGCUGACGAGAGAGAAAUGACAGAGGGAAGUAGAGCCGGCGUUGAUAUUGCUCAUGCACAAGACAUGGAUGAGAAUGGUGUACUAGUGCCAUUGGAUAAUGCUCAUAAAUUAAUGGGAGAUAAUGGCGAUGACUUGUUGGUGCCCGCCUCCACAUCGGCUGCGCUACAAGGAGCUGUUCCGGCCUCUUCUCGGGGAAUCGGUGUCGGUGGUGGUGGCGGUGGUGGAGGACCUGGGCACCAUCGCUCAUCGCAACGGAAAACCCGCAAAAUUGAGCCGGUCAACAGACCAGGACUGGUGCUGAAGACACCAAUAGCUUAUAAGGGGAACAUAGAUCCAUCGGUUAUACCAAUUCAAAAAGAUGGCAUGGCCGUCUGUGAGCGUUGCGGUGCCAUUGGUGUAAAACACACAUUCUACACUAAAUCACGACGCUUUUGCAGUAUGUCUUGCGCUCGCGGAGAGCUUUAUUCUCUGGUGGUCAACAAUACAAAAAUGGCUGGUGGUGGGCAGCAACAACAGGCAAUCUCUAAUUCACCUGUCCAUGAUCACAUCGAUCACAUUGAUGGCGCAGCUUGCAGUAACAAUGGUAAUAGCAACGACAUACACCAACAAAACGACACACAACGCCAACAAUCCGAUAUUGAGUUGGCGUUACGUGUUGCUCAUAUUAAGAAUUCGAAUUACCGUUUUCGCAUAACAGACCAAUCGAAAAUUACUCAAAUCAAUGGUUUCGGCGAGCCAAUCAUGUCCACCCAACUAUCGUCAGGCAUGGACGCAGCUAUCGGUUUAACGGCAAUCAAUAGUGAAGACGGAGCUUUAAGCUUGAAUGCGGCCGGCUUGGCUACGACGCCGAAGGUACUACAAAUGUAUCGGGAUGUUUUGCCUCAAGAGGACCUGCCACAAAUACCGAAAUUCGAACGUUUGCCAGUUUCAUGUCCACAAAUGGAAAAGAUUAUUAGUAUACGCCGGCGUAUGUACGAUCCGACACAUUCUUUCGAUUGGACGCCGCGUUUGUCGAGAGCCAACUUUUUCGCUGCCCCUGUCACUUGUUUUCCGCAUGCCCCAGGCUAUGAAGUAUGGGAUAGCAUUGGCAUUGAGAUGAAGGUGGAGGUGGAGAACACGGAUUGUGAUAAUACGGAAGUGGUACAGCCAGGGCAGACUCCGCACUCUUUUUGGGUAGCGACCAUUUUAAAUAUUUGCGGAUACAAAGCAUUGAUGCGAUACGAGGGCUUUGACGAGCCCACCCAUGACUUUUGGGUAAAUCUCUGUAAUGCGGAAGUACAUUCGGUCGGUUGGUGUGCGACGCGGGGCAAACCUCUCAUUCCGCCACGCACUAUAGAAAAUAAAUACAAGGAUUGGAAAGAUUUUCUUGUAGAAAGAUUGUCUGGCGCACGUACACUGCCGUCCAGCUUUUACAACAAAAUCAAUGACAGCAUGCAGUCACGUUUUCGACUAGGCUUGAAUUUAGAAUGUGUGGACAAAGAUCGUAUUUCGCAAGUUCGUUUAGCCACUGUUACGAAAAUUGUGGGUAAACGUUUAUUCUUGCGGUACUUUGACUCGGAUGACGGGUUUUGGUGCCAUGAGGACUCGCCAAUAAUACAUCCAGUGGGCUGGGCGACAACAGUUGGACAUAAUUUAGCCGCACCACAGGACUACUUAGAGCGGAUGUUGGCGGGUCGUGAGGCCAUGAUAGAAGUGCAUGAAGAUGAUGCCACUAUUGAGCUUUUCAAAAUGAAUUUCACCUUCGAAGAAUAUUACAUGGACGGCAAAGGUAAUGGCUUUGUGGAAGGCAUGAAAUUGGAGGCAGUUGAUCCGCUGAAUCUCUCAUCAAUUUGUGCUGCCACAGUAAUGGCCGUCCUCAAAUUUGGUUACAUAAUGAUACGCAUCGAUUCAUAUCAACCAGAUGCAACAGGGUCAGAUUGGUUUUGUUACCAUGAGAAGUCGCCCAGCAUAUUCCCAGUGGGGUUUUGCGCUUCCAACAGAAUCACAUUGACUCCACCAAACGGGUUUGAUGUGAACACAUUCAGCUGGGAAACGUAUUUGCAGGAAACAGGUAGUAUUGCCGCUGGCCAACAUUUGUUCCACCGCAUUGUGCCCAAUCAUGGAUUUGAGGUCGGUAUGAGCCUUGAGUGUGCUGACCUUAUGGAUCCCCGUUUGGUUUGCGUAGCAACUGUAGCUCGUGUGGUUGGACGUUUGCUCAAAAUACACUUUGACGGUUGGACCGACGAGUACGACCAGUGGCUAGAUUGCGAAUCGCCCGAUGUUUAUCCGGUUGGUUGGUGUGUGCUAGUCAAUCACAAGCUUGAAGGUCCUCCUAUGCCUGUGCAAUCGAUGGCCAAGGUGAACACGAAAGCGAAAAGUCCGAAAAAACGGAAGAAAAAAUCAACAAAUUCGAAAGGAGGUGAAAGUUUAAAUGCAGCAAAACCGCGAACAAUUGCUUUAAAAACUAAUCCGCAUCUUCCAAAAUUGAGCAUUAAGCUUGAACUUAAACCAGAACAUCAUAAUGCCGCCUUCUACGAAGAUAACGAAGACGACGACGAUGAUAUUGAAUAUGAGGACGAUAGCACGAGUCACCGUUCUGGGCAAUCGACACCAUUAUCACACAAUGAGAUGAGCCAGCAUGCUUUAAUGGAAAAGACGACGGCAGCACAGCAAACGUCAACUUCUCAACCUCCGACGCAAGCGCGAUGUGCAAACGCAACUGUUAAGAAAUCAGUUUCACCAGCACCGCCAGGUGUGGUUCGCAAGGCCACUAGCUAUAUUGGGAAUUCCUCCGUUUGUAAUAGCAAAUACAUUCCGCGUCUCAUUGAAUCUUCUUCGAAUGACAACAAUAGCAGCGGUAGUAGCGGCAAUAAUAACAGUCAAAACGCGGAUCCACACGCAGACCUCAUGCCCGAUACUUGGAAUGUUUACGACGUGUCGCAGUUUUUGCGUGUCAACGAUUGCACGGCGCACUGUGACACUUUUUUGCGUAAUAAAAUUGAUGGCAAACGUUUGUUGCAGCUUUCCAAGGACGAAAUAAUUACGUUGCUUGGUAUGAAGGUGGGACCUGCGCUAAAAAUCUCCGACUUAAUUCAGCAGCUCAAGUGCAGAGUAAAUCCGGGCAAGUCCAGGAUGCAUAAGGCAAAUAAAACAUUUUUAUAGUGCCUUUUGAGGCAACCCCAUCGACUAUUCUCAUUGAAACCACCUGAGCCAACGUUUUCGCCAAAGCUCACAUCACACAGCAGCUCGUCACAAUACUGGUAUGUGGAUAUUGUGUGUGGAGUGUUGUGAGUAUGCUUCAAACGCAUAGUGGUUACUGGAAACGAAUACAAUUAAUCAAAUAACCGAUGUGAGAUCUAUUUGGAAUUCUUUGGGAACCAUACAUAUUUUUGAGAGAAAACUUUAGUUAAGAAGAAAAACGCCGAAAUAAUGAACCAACCAACCAACCCAUGAUGCGGAAGCAAAAACCAAAAUGCAUCAACGUUAAAAGGAAAAUAAACCAUUAAAAAUCCAACAAAGAAAAUAUGAAAACAUUUUGAUUAAAAUUUUCUUUCACGACGUAGAAUAGAUACUUAUUUUAUAAAGAUUUUCACUUCAUACAUAUUUUUAAUACAUAGUACACCGUAGAAAAGUAAUUUUAUUUUAGCUAAA